AUGGACGUCGAGUGGAACGAGAAUCAGCUGUACCACGAAGUCGCGUCGCACUUGGAGGGCGAGGCGAAGCGCUGGUUCUCGAUCGUGAUGGAGUCGGUGCAGCCGGAAGAAGAAAGCAUCAACACGCUAGCAGCGAUGCUACGCGCGAAGUACAUGACGCAGCGGUCAGGCCCCGAGGUGGUCGACUUGCUGAACGCGCGUCGGCAAAUGAGAGGAGAGCGGCUCGUUGACUACGCGCAGGCGCUGCGUGAGAUCGCCGAGCGUGGCGAGAUCGGCGACGAUUGGCAGGUCAGCGCGUUCUUGAAAGGCAUGAGCAGCACGGAGGGGGCGACGCAUGUGCGCGGACACCGGCCGAAGACGCUGGACGAAGCACUGAGUGUGGCGAUUCCCCAGGUCGGAGACUACGGC